AAUAAUACAUCUUCCAUAAAUAAUUAUGUUAGCGAUUUAGAAAGAACCAUCUCACAAAAUUAUUACUUUAAUUUAAGAGAUGAAUCCACUUUAACAAGAGCGGAUUCUUAUUGUAAUUCAGAAAUAAACAAAAUGUUAUUAAAAAGGAGGAAGGAAGAAGAAACUGAGAAUGAUCAAGCAAAAAAACAGAAAAUUCAAGAAUAUACCUAUGACGAUGAUACUAAUUUAAGUGGUGAUGAUUCUAAUUUAAAUGAAGUUGAGAUUGAUUUAAAUGAUAAAAACUUUAAUAAUGUAGAAAAUAAUAAGGAAUAUAGAGUGGAUAUUACUGCAUUUAGUUUAAUCGCUUCAAGAGAUAUUUUUAAAAUGGAAUUUGGAGAACUUGCAGAUGUAGUUCCUCAUUUACAGAAAGUAUGUGGAAUACUAAAAGAAAAGUUAAAUAUUAAUGCACGAAUUCAUAAUUCAAAUAUGGAGUUGUUAAAAGAACUUAUAGAAAAGGAACUAAAAAAUGCUGAUGAAGAAGAUUUGCAAAAAAUUAAAGUUCAAUACGAUUCUUUUAAAGAGGAUAAAUUUUUGGAUCCAAAAAAUGUGGAUUUUCAUUGUUUGUCAUUAGAAAACAAGUUAAAAAAACGCUUUAUUUUUUUAGAUGAAAUAUAUAAUUCUUUAGAUAAGUGCUUGCACAAUUAUAAAAUUUUAGAUAGUUUUAUUAAAACACAUAAGAGAAUAUUAAAUGUGAUAUCAAAAAUAACAACUCAAUCCCUGUAUAAUCUAAUUCUUUUCGGUAAAUUUUUAUUACCAUCAGGUGAAAAAAAUUCUAGAUAUAAUAUUAUGUUUAAAUCUAUAUAUGAAUUGAUACAGCAUGUUGAAAAAGUACAAAGUUCUUUAUCACGAGAUAAAAAUAUAAUUUAUAAUCCAAAAAAACAAAUAAGUUCUGCCUUAAAGCAGCUAGGUAAGUUUCGCAGAAGAAGAGAUGCUUUUUUUAAAUAUUUAAAAAGAACGAAACUCUCAUGUAAAAAUCGAAAAAGAAUACUACAAAUUGUUUUUUAUUUUCUUCAAGAAAGAAAUAAAAAAAAUAGAAAUAUAAUAAAAGAAAUUGAGAAAGAUUUUCCUGCAUGCGAUAUUAUAGAUGAAUUUCAUGUGAUUUUAUUAAAGGAAAAAAAACAUAUUUUAGAAUCUCUUGAAAGAGCAUCUGAAUAUUUGAAAUUGAAUGAAGAAUUAGAUAUAAAUAAAAAAAGUGUAGGUCCUUUAUUAAAAAAUAAAUAUGCAAGAUAUAAUGCAUUCCUUUUAUAUAAGACCUUUAUGUCAUUAGUAAGAUACUCAUCUAUUCGUUAUCUACAUAGUAUAUCCGAAGGAAUCUAUAUAAAUGUAAGAAGACUAAUAUCAGCGGAAAAUAUCAGACGCUUAUCUAAAAAAACAGACACAUCAAAAAAGUUACAGAAUGAGAUACUCCAUAAAUUAAAAAAUUUUAAAGAUGAAUUAAGUAAAGUUGAAUUAGAUAUAAUUUAUAGAAGUCUAUAUAAUGAAUUUAAAGAGGAUAUAUCAUGUAUGAGUAAAUCAGCACGCCUUUUAUGUUAUAAUAUAAAUGAAUGGAAUAUAUAUUUGAUGAAUCUUAAAAAAUCACUUAAUGAUUACUUAUUAUUAAAGAGAGAGGGUGAAGAUGUAGGGAAAAUGGAAGAAAGUAUUUUAUAUAUGUUGUUUCAUACGAAUGAAAUUAUGAAUGAAUGUUGGAUAAAUGAAAUAGAGUAA